GGCAGAUCGGCAUGUAACAGACCCAACCUCCCUGACCUUGACACCCGGCAAGCAUAACCUACGAAAUUCGUGUCAAGAAUCUGCGAAUUUGUCAGACAUGAAAAGUGUUGAGAGAUUUGGUCAAAUAAUGAUAAUUUUUUAAGGGAUUGUACGAUGAAUCAUGUGUAAAUUGUACGGAAACGCGACUUAAAUUCUGAAUGUAUUCGAAAAGAAGAAAAAGAGCAAUGAAGUAUUAAUUGAUCGAUUAAAAUAGGUUGAAACUAGAAUUGGGAAAAAUUGUGAAAAUGAUUAAGAAGGAGUGGUUGUUUUAUUAUACAUUAGGUAGUUUUAUAAGGUUUUCAUUAAUGAAUUCGAGGUAUCAGGAUAUUAUUAGUGAUCGGGUUGAAGUUUCUACAGCUCUCAAUUCCUGGAAAAGAGUAACUGAAGGAGUCUACCUUCGAAAUUUUGGAAUAGAUCCCUACAGUGGUGAUUUAUUUCAUGAGACACCAAUAGGGCUCGUAGCAUUCAAUUUAAUGCAAAAAUUCCUUACCGAUUGGGCCCUCAAAUUACUUUUUAUCCUCAGCGAUCUAAUGACUGCCUGGUUUUUAGCAGCGACUGCAAGAACUUACUUUACAGAAGUGGUAAAACGAGAAGAGAAAGAAAAGUCGAUUCACAAAUCGGAAGAGAGUCAAAAUCACCAACCCCCGAAACUCACAAAACCUCCCUCAAUGCCCCACGUCGCUGCAGUUUACCUUUUGAACCCUUUCAUAAUUUUAAACUGCGUCGGUCUCACAACGACAGUGUUUACCAACUUUCUUCUAUCCCUUGCUCUCUUUUCAAUGAUAAACCGCUCAACUUUCUUCAGUUGCCUCUCAAUUGCACUCUUAACUAUUCAGGGUCUCUACCCGAUGACUUUGAUCGUCCCCGCGACGAUUUACAUUCUCCAGGGGAAACAAGAGAAAGAAAGAUCCUUUGCUAUCGCGAAGGUAGUGUUGAUUUUUUUCAGCUUUCUGACUGCAUUAUUCUACAUCUCUUAUCAUAUCGUCGGAAGCUUUUCCUUCCUGAGAAGCACGAUUGGUUUUAUCCUAACCGUGCCUGAUUUGAGACCGAAUAUUGGACUCCACUGGUAUUUUUUCACGGAAAUGUUUGAACAUUUCCGGUGGCUUUUCAUAGCCUCUUUUCAGAUUAAUGUCAGUUUUUUGUACGUUGUACCACUAGCUUUGAAAUUACGUCGCGAUCCGAUGCUCCUUGCCUUUACCUAUUUGGCAAUUGCUGCCAUUUUUAAAUCCUAUCCGUCGAUUGGAGAUAUUGGAUUUUACAUGUCUUUGUUGCCGUUGUGGAAACACCUGUUUCAACAUAUGCAGCAAGUUUUCAUAGUCGGCUGCUUCACGCUUUUCUGCACCGCUUUUGCCCCGACAGUUUGGCAUCUCUGGAUUUUUUCGCGAUCAGCGAAUGCGAAUUUCUACUUCGGAGUGACUCUGGCUUUCGCAAUCGCCGAAAUAUUUCUUCUCACCGACAUUCCUUUUGCGAGUGUCAAGCGAGAAUUUGCUCUUCGGCAUGGCACGUCUUUGGAAAUCAAGGGAUCGAGGGCCAAACUACUUCUGGAAUAAUAUUAUAAACCAAUUUUUCAAUACUCAGUCAAGUCUCCUGAUACGUACUCUAAGAUUCAUUUUCACGAACUCGUAAACAUCGAAGAACCUGCGACGCAAAUUAAAUUUUGCUUCAAACUUUCUAGGCUACAUAGUUAUAAGCUACUUAUUAUACUAUUUUUUCUAAAAUAAAAGAAACUUCAAUGAAUUUUUUUUAUAAAA